AGACUAUCACCAGUUGAAUAACCACUCUCGAUCAAAUCAUCAAAUACUCGAAAUGACUAGCGACGACCAGUUUUUUCUCGAUUUUGUAAGAUACCACUACUCCAUAUUUGAGCCCGCGAUCAACUAAUACUUAUGGAUAGCUCUCCUCCAUCCCGCAUGACGUAAAACGAUACUCGGCCAACGUCGCGGAUUCAAUCGAUCGCCAUGUCGACCACGCUGCGAGCGUCAUCAAAGAAACCCUAACAGUCUAUUUUCCAAACAUAUUACCAGUAGGCGCGCGAAAUGUGCCCGCUCUGCGACAGCCGCCACCGAAAUCGCUCACUGAUAAGGCUUAUGACUGGGUGAUGCGGAAUCGAGCGUGGACAGCUGCCGUUGUCGCUUUCUUCGGAACGAGCGCUGUUUUAUAUCUGGGAAGUCGGACUUUCGACAAUAGGAAGAGAAGAGCGCGACGAGCUGGGAAUGGUGCGAGAAAGGAGAUAGUUGUCAUCGCUGGAUCUCCGCAUGAGCCCAUGACACGAGCUAUAGCAGAGGAUCUUGAACGUCGCGGGUUUAUAGUAUAUGUCGUUGUGCAGUCGGCAGAGGAGGAACAUACAAUUCAGAUGCAGAAUCGAUCGGAUAUUCGCGCAUUGCAUUUGGAUUUAACAAUAACACCCUCAACGCCGUCCGAGAUUCAUCCAGCGCUCCACGGCUUAUAUUCUUUAAUAUCGCAACCACAGUAUCCCGCACCCGGUAUUCAGCCUCAUACAUGCCAAUUAAGCGGCCUCAUUAUAUUACCUUCUUUGAACUACCCGACCGGGCCUAUACCAACAAUCACAGCAUCUAGUUGGGCCGAUACAAUCAACACACGGGUUUUAGCACCAAUAUUAAUCACACAAUUGUUCAUCCCUCUUCUCACCCAUCGAAACCACAGCAGCUCUAUCGUCUUCCUUUAUCCAUCAAUCUCAUCAUCUUUAUCAGCACCCUACGCUGGUCCUGAAGUCGCUGCGACCAGGGCACUUUCUGGCUUCGCAACUUCUCUUCGCCAAGAAUUGCGUUUAUUACAGUUUGGAAACGGUACGCAAUGCAACGUGGAUGUAGUAGAGAUGAAACUCGGCAACGUCGACCUAGGACCUCACUACCGCGUGCCCCAAGUAGCCGGCACCGAAGUUCUUGCCUGGAGUCAACAUCACCGAUCUCUAUAUGGACCGUCAUAUUUAGCCAGCGUUGAGCAGCGACCAGUAGCAUCUGCCGGUCCUAAUGCUAUCCGUGGAUCACCCGCUAGAGCGCUACACAACGCCAUAUUUGACAGUAUAGCGCCACCCCGUAAAUCCAUUCUUGGAAGGAAGACGAGAAGAAAGGCUGUCGUUUACGUUGGGCGUGGAUCACGCUCCUAUGGAAUCAUAGGUGCCUGGAUUCCAACUAAUCUGGUUGGAUGGAUGUUGGGACAGGGGAAUCUUCCUCAUUCUGCGCCGGAUAGUGGGAAUAGCAGUGAGACUAGCUGGGAGAGGGUGUAAUCUGUUGCCGAUUACAACGUUAUAUACCAAUAUAUUCCACUCAUCCAGGAAAUGUCGUUUUUCACGAUGUAAGGAAGUGCAAUGUAAAUGGCUCAGUCGUCUU